AUGAGAGCUGACUCCAAGUUCCAGGAAGGCUGUGGGCAAGUCCAACGCCGGAUGAACACUCGGCUUCACUUCAGGAGGAUGACCUAUUCCCCCGAGCCUGGACUCCUCAACUCAUUCUGCCUUCGGAGCGGGGAGAUGUUUCCGAAGCAUGCUGAUGCCCUCGUAACUGGCAAGCCUCGCAAUAGCGCCGACCUCUUCACGUGCUCUCCGAAGAAGCUGAAUACUUGGAUGGCUGCUGAGGACUGUAGUUACGAGCAGCCGAACAUCCUGUGUACGGGGGCAGUGAGGUCCGACCGCCGGUGCUCGAGCCUCCGGGCCAACUCUCCGGAACUCAAGCAGGCGAGCGGGUUCCAAACCAGGCAGAACAACGAGCUCCGAACUAACAUACCCGGGCUCUCCAGGGGAAGAACUGUGCUUGGUUGCCCAUGA